AGUUAUUGCACCUGCCGCAACAGCGCUGAGGCACCACUCAUGAACUGCAUGCGUGCCAGUUAUCCAUCAUGGUUGCAGACGUAGCUCUUUUCUCAUUGGUUGAAUUGGUCACGAGGUAUGGUAAUUUGUGUUCAGUGGGCGGGAACCGACUGGCUUCAUGUGGCGUUCACUACAUGUACGAUGUUGUGGGGAUCACGGUGUGGAAUAUCGUAAACUAACUGAUGACGAGUUACUGGAAUGAGUGGCUGCAUUUCAAGCUUUCAGUGAUUUUUAUCACCAAUAUUUACAUGACUGCAUAUUAAACGAUAAAUAUUUUGUACAAUACAGGAUAAAAAUAAGCUCAUAGUGAAAUAAUGACUAAAAGUGUUGUGUUGUGCUUUAUCAUGUAAAAAAAAAUGUGUUAAAAUAACUGUUUUCUUUAUUAGAGUAUUUCGUUAAGAAAGUUUUAAUUUUAAUGUGGAUUAUUAUUUGCUUGUGACUAAAAAUAGUGUUAAAUUAUUUGUUAUCGAUAAUGAAUACAUUUAUGAUGAAUCCAACAACAAGCAAUGGAUAUCAUCAGCAACAUCAACAACCUACUGUACCCCAUAUAACUGGAACAUUUGUCGUUGACCCAAAAUUUCCUCCCAGUGAAGAAUACAGCCAAAGUAAUUAUAUUUCACCCUCAAGUGGAGAUUAUUUUAGUGGUAGCCAUCACUUGAAUCAUCCUCAGACAAACCAAUUACAAUAUAGUUAUCACCAACAUCAUCAUCAAGCAACAUCUACUCCUUACGGAGCAGCUGCUACUGUACCUUUAAAUGGAGGAUAUCCCGGAUAUGGUGGAUAUUAUAGUCCACAUCAUCCUCACCAUCAAGUGCACACAGUUCACCAUGCAAGCCUUCAUCCUCAUCAUCAUGGCAUCGGUGCUCUAGCUAUGCCGCCGGAGGCACAACAACCUCCGAUAACUUGUCCAACUUCUGUACAAUCACAACAACUACAGCAGCAGCCACAGCAGCGGCCAUUAUCUUCCAGUAUUUUAGAAGCUUCAAAUUCGUCGUCGUCUAUUUUAUCUAGUCAUAUACAGCCUUCUGAUGCCCACCAACAUCAGCAACACUUACAACAAUCACAAUCUCAACAGUCACAGCAGCAAUCUCAUGAAAAUAAUUCAUGUAGUCCUACGCGUUCAGGUUCACACCUUCGUGAUUCUUCACCAGACUUACAAUCCACGCACCAACAUCAGAAUCAUCUUGCAACUUCUCAACAACAUAUUACUGAUGAUAAUUCUGAUCAAGAUGAUAUGGAUCAGGAUGAUCCUACAACUGAUGGAUCGCCUGGAGAUGGUGAUGAUGAUGAUGAAGACGAGGAUAGUAAAGGUGAUCGAAAAGUUUUUCCCUGGAUGAAGAAAAUCCACGUUGCUGGUGUUCCCAACGGAACUUAUCAACCUGGAAUGGAAAUAAAACGACAAAGAACAGCAUACACAAGGCAUCAAAUUUUAGAGCUUGAAAAAGAGUUUCAUUUCAACAAAUAUUUAUCAAGGCGACGAAGGAUUGAAAUUGCUCAUUCGUUAGUUUUAUCGGAACGUCAGAUCAAAAUUUGGUUCCAAAAUAGAAGAAUGAAAUUUAAAAAAGACAAUAGGUUGCCGAAUACAAAAAAUACUAGACGAAAAAAUGGUCAUGGACAGGUUCCAGCAUCAAAAUCUUCAAAAGGUUCUGGAAGUCGAUCAAAAAUACUUAGUGGAAAUACAAACUUUAGAAAGUUGAAUAAUCUUUCUCCUUUAAGUGUUAUUGAUAGUAGUCUUGACAGUAUAGAUAUCAAAGACAUUCAUGGAGUAAGCGCCGGUAUUUCACACCCACACUUAUCACAUUCAAAUUUUCAAGGACACUCUCAUCCACUGAAUCAUCUGCAGGCGCAGUUAAACCGUCAACAUAUAGGUGGAAUGAUAGAAAGUUCUAGUGGAUCAUUAGUGCAUAUUAAUCCUGAAAACAUAAGUCCUCUUGCUCCUACCAAUAGUUCACCAGACUUAUCGGGGACGGUACCACCGCCAUCAAUAAAAUCCGAUUACGAGUUUACGUCACUGUAACAUCAAGCUAUACAAGACUGCAUCAUUAUACGUGAGGCAUCAAACACCGAAGCUUAUAAAAGAGAUUUAUUUAAUUCGAUAUUUAAGUAGAAGACGAAUGGUGAAAAUUGUGCUAUCGGUCAGAUGAACGUUCGGUUUUAAAAUAGCCUAAGGGAAGUGAAUAAAAAUCCUAAAUUACCAAUUACUGAAAAUAACAAAAAAAAAAGAUAGUUGUAAAUGGAUUCAAUUAUUAAAAUUCUGUAAAAGGAUCUAAAAGUUGAUCAAAAAUAAUUAGUUAAAAUACCAGGCAUAGAAAGUUAAAUAAUCUUUCUCCACCAAGGGGUAUUGAUUGUAGUAUUAAAGGUAUAGAUAUCAAAGAUAUCUAUAGAGUAAGCGCCUAUCUUACGUACCCAUACUCGUCACAUUCACAUUUCAAAAGACGCCAUGACCUGUUUAACCACUUAUGGGUGUAGCUAAACCGUCGGCAUUUAAGUGAAAGAAUAUAAAAUACGAAUUGUGUAUUAAUGCAUAUUAGUCUUGGAAACAUAAGUUUCCUUGCAUCUACUAAAAGUUAUCCAGAUUCGUCCGGAAUGGUAUCGCCACCAUGAAAAAUAUUUUAUUAUGAGUUUACGUUGCCGUAACAUCAAGUUUUGUGAGACUGCAAUCGUUGCAUGUAAAGUUUAACUUUAUUAAUGUAAACGAUGAUUAUCAGAGUAAGAAUUAUGUUUGUAAGUACAUUAUUAUUUAGAUUAUGUAUAGCCACAUUAAUUAUUUGGUUAUCUAAUAUGUUAUUUAUUGAGUCUUCUGUUUAAGUAUGUACUUCAUAAUCCUGUUUAAAAAUAUACGUAGACAACUAAAUUGAAAUCAGUCACAAAAAUGUAGAGCACUUGAACAGGAUGCAGUAUGAAUAUGUAAAUAAAAUUAGAAUAUUGAAUGAAAAAUUUUCUUAGUUAAGUCAACUCACUUCGUAUUAAUUGGAUUCUUCGUCAAAUUAAGUAUUAUGAUCCAAGAAAAUAAACUCUUGGUAGUAAUUUUAAUUGAUUUAUUCAUCAAGUAUUAGUUAAGAUAGAAAAACACUGGAGUACACAAAACCUAAAAUAUUAAUUUACUUUACGUUCUGGUUUUUCUAAUUUGACGUUAAAUUCUGCAUGGAAAGUUUUUAUAUCCUAAUCAAACAAAAAAAUGACUCGUGAAGUGAUAUCAAUAAAAAAAAAUAUAAAACUAAAACAAUGAAAUCAAAAAAUACUUUGUAAAAAUGACUCAAAUUUUGUUUCGUUAAAUUAAUUCGAAAUUGUCACACUGAAAAAAUAAUCGGUAGAGGUUACCGAUUUUUUUUUCGGUAGAGGCUACCGAUUUUUUGGUAGAGGCAACCGAAUAAAUCGGUAGAGGUUACCGAUUUUAAUCGGUUGCCUCUACCGAAAAAUCGGUAGCCUCGACUGAAAAAUCGGUAACUUCUACAGAAAAGUCGGUAGCCUCACUGA